AGUGUUUGCCGUGCCCGUUGUCAUAUCCGCACUGCUAUUAUAUCGACAGCAAGACGUUCGUGCUCAUGCAAUCCGACUUUUAACUAACCAAACCUACGAGCGAAAUGUCACCCCGUUCAAGAGAUGCAGGGGACAUCUGUGCUAUCUAUGUGCACGCAGGUGCUGGAUUCCAUAGCUAUCAAAACGAGCGCGUGCAUCUUAGGACCUGCAACGAUGCGGCCAAAGUUGCAAUGACUAUGCUCAAGAAUGGAGGCUCUGCUCUAGACGCUGUUGAGAUAGCCCUUAGAUUGAUGGAGGAUCGAGAAAUCACCAAUGCUGGAUAUGGAAGCAACCUUACAAUUGAAGGCAACGUCGAAUGCGAUGCAACUAUAAUGGAUCAUCUAGGACGCAGUGGAGCAGUUGGAGCUUGUUCUCAUGUCAAAAAUCCUAUUUCUGCGGCCCGCGUGAUUCUUGAUUCUCAGAAGAAACCGCUCUCUCUGCAACGAGUUCCUCCAAACUUCCUCGUCGGUAAGGGAGCUACUGAGUUCGCCUACAUGCAGGGUCUGUCCAUAGUGGAAAAUGAUACUCUGGUAUCUCCAACGGCUAAAGCGAGAUGGUUAAGAUGGCAGCAAGAGGUGGAAUCAGCCAGACUGGCGCAAGAAGCCCAGACUGCAACACAGGCUGGGGGAGAAGUCUUACAUAUGGAAGCCUCGAGUAGUUCUGCCACCUUCUCAACAACAGUGAAUCCUGCAGUGCUUAUGUCGCCACCGUCCAGUCUCCCUGAGACUGUGUCUUCCAAGGAGUUAGACACUACUGUCGUCCUUGAUAUAGUAUCACCCGAACCUACUAUAGUCCCAACGGACGGUACACACCAUAUAAGAGAAUCCAUUGAAGAGCAUUCAGGCGAUGCUACAUCCACUGACGAACACGAGCCCCCGGUAGACAACGUCGACACAAUUACUGAUACAAUCGGGGCUAUCGCUGUUGACUGCUACGGUAGGAUUGCAGCAGGUUCCUCAUCCGGUGGCAUAGGCAUGAAACACUCUGGAAGGGUGGGCCCAGCAGCACUGGUGGGUAUCGGUACAGCAGUGAUUCCUGAGGAUCCCCAAGAUCCAGAGCAGACAAGUGUAGCUGCAGUCACAUCCGGGACAGGCGAGCAUAUCGCGACGACUUUAGCUGCGAACACCUGUGCUAGCCGAAUAUAUUACAGCGAUCGCAGGAACGAAGCUGGAAUGACAGAAAUCGUUACCGAGGAGGAAGCAAUCAAGUCCAUGGUGGAUGUAGACUUUAUGGAACAUCCAAGCGUGAAGAACAGUCUUUGUGAAGCUGCAAUUGGUGUUAUGGCAGUAAAAAAGACGAUACACGGGGUGUAUUUGUUCUUCUGUCAUAACACGGAUUCCUUCGCUCUUGCUUCAAUGACAUCAGAAGACAAGGCUCCUCAUUGUGUCAUGUCUCGCCGUUCCCGACAUGGCACCACCGCGCAAGGAGGACGGUUUUCAAGAUACCGAGGGUAGGUCUGAGACUCUUGUCUCGAAGCGUACAAGCACCACUGAUGCAGAGUAGGUCGAAAAGCCGAAGCUCCGCCGAUGAUUGAGGCUAGAAACAGAUCCUAGAUGAAGCUAGGCACGCUCUUUGCGUCUGAUGCAACGAGAAUGUGACAUUACAAGUGCUGGAUCAGAUGGUGACCGGACGUUAUGUAACUUGGUCGUAAAAAUUCAGUGAUAUCCUUUC